CUGUUAGUGCGUCAUUUAAGUAGAUUAAAUUUAAAGGCAUUACCUUGCUUACAUUUACGAAAUAAUUUCAAGGUCAGCGAUCAAAAGUGCAUUCGUAAAGUAGUUAGAAAAUGCUGCAAAAAUGAACGAAAGACAAUGUGAAAGAAAAUGCUUGGCACUCAAAUUUGCUAUAAAAGCGCUGGUUAACGGCGAAUUAAGCACAGUUCACCCAGAUCUAACACAGCUGCUAAAUUAGUUUGAAACAAUGGGCUCCAAAGUUUUCGCUGCACUCGUAUGUUGCUUCGCAUUGGUGGUGGUCAGCGCCUUACCGUACGGCCAUCAUGGACAUGGUCAUGAGGAUCACGGUGCUUCCAGUCACGCUUCAGUGCAUUUAGUCUCACACGACGAUCAUCACGAUCACCAUGAUCAUCACGGUCACCACGAACAUGGACACGACGAUGGCCAUGACUCACACGCUGAGUAUCAUUUCUCUUAUGGCGUGAAGGAUAAGAAGACCGGCGAUAUCAAGGAACAGAGUGAACACCGCAAAGGUGACAAAGUGUCCGGACAUUAUGAGCUCAUUGAAGCGGAUGGUCACAAAAGAACUGUGCACUAUACGGCAGACAAGCACAGUGGUUUCCAUGCCGUAGUGCACCGUGAACCCACACACCAUCAUGUAGCUGAUCAUGGACACGCCAGCUACCAUGGUGGACAUGCCGAGGUUGAAUCGCACGAUGGUGGGGAUGCUGGUCAUGACGACGGUCAUGGUUAUGGACAUGGUCACGAACAUGGACACGGCCAUAGCAGUCAUUCCAGUGGCUACUCAAUCAAACAAGAACAUGGUGUAGCUGUCCAUCAUCAUGGUGGACACGAUUCCGGUGGACAUGGUGGUCAUUAGAUGACUUAAGUAAAAAAAGAGUCCUUUUAUUUUGUUUGUAAUUGAAGUUUUUGUUGAAUCCAUAUCUGGUGUUAAUAAAGUUAGUUAAAAGUUAAAAGCA